GCAGCGCUGGAAACGGACGGUUCUUCCCCCUCCUCCUCCUCACGCAAGCGCCCGGAUGAGAGCAGCAGCAGCACCACCACCAGCAGCAGGCGACAUUCAAGGCACCAUGGUCGCAUGAUUUGGCCAACUAUCGCCGGAUCGGACUGGAGCGACGGACGGCAGCACCGUCAGCCACUGCUGGAAUCUGGACGUUUUCGACGGAGCCCACGCAGACGCGGUUCCGAGAGCAAUACGCGCAGGAGACAGACAGGCGUGGAGGACUAGGGCGCAAAGAGGAAAGGGUGGCACAUUUUUCUCCGCUUUGCGGUGGCUUGUUUCGUUGGUGAAAGAGCAAAGCAGACAGGCUGCCUCACACUAAACUAUGGAAUGCUCCCUGCUCCCGGCAUCACUAGUCUCCAAUCUUUGGACUGAGAUCCAAACGCUCAGUUAGCAGCUGUGCUUCUCCCCUCGAACUCUUUCUCAACCAGGGGGACGAAGAAAAGGAGCGGGCUUACAAAGUCCUCCGCCUUUUUUGCUUUUGGGAUAAUUUUGCUAUCUUAAAUUUUUUUCCCUGCUUGAAUCUGAUAAAAUCAUAUCAAGAUGGAUCUGGAGCCGUACCUAUGGAUGGUGAUUAUUGGCUUCAUCAUCGCCUUCGUUCUGGCCUUCUCCGUGGGGGCCAACGACGUGGCCAACUCGUUCGGCACAGCGGUGGGGUCCGGUGUGGUCACUCUGAAGCAGGCCUGCAUCCUGGCGUCCAUCUUUGAGACGCUGGGCUCCAUGCUGCUCGGGGCCAAGGUGGGCGAGACCAUUCGUAAGGGCAUCAUAGAUGUUAACCUCUAUAACGAGACGGUGCCCGUCCUGAUGGCGGGGGAGGUCAGCGCCAUGGUCGGGUCAGCGGUUUGGCAGCUCAUCGCCUCCUUCCUCAAACUGCCCAUCUCCGGCACUCACUGCAUCGUUGGAGCGACCAUCGGCUUCUCCAUGGUGGCCAUCGGCACAAGGGGCGUGCAGUGGAUGCAGCUCGUCAAGAUCGUGGCUUCUUGGUUCAUCUCACCCUUGCUCUCUGGACUCAUGUCUGGCCUCCUCUUCAUGCUCAUCAGGCACUUCAUCCUCAACAAGGAGGAUUCUGUCCCAAAUGGUCUGCGAGCGCUGCCAGUCUUCUAUGCCUCCACCAUCGGGAUUAACACUUUCUCUAUCAUGUACACUGGAGCCCCGCUGCUUGGAUUGGAGAUGCUACCGGUUUGGGCCAUCUUCCUCAUCACGUUAGCCGGCUCGCUGGUCUGCGCAGCGCUGGUCUGGAUAAUUGUCUGUCCUUGGAUGAGAAGAAAAAUAGCGAGUCGCUUAAAGAAGGAGCAGGCUCUGUCCAGGAUAUCUGACGAAAGCCUUGACAAGAUCCCCGAGGAGGAAGAAGAGAGCCCCGUCUUCAAAGAGCUGCCUGGGGCAAAAGGCACAGACGAGGCCGUGGUGCCGCUCACAGGAGGCAGCACUGAGAGGAGCACCCGAGACUCUAGCGGGGAGCUCUCCAACGUGUCCAAUGGAGGCAACGUCCUGCCAAACGGCAGAGUGUACGGUCGAACCCACUCUAUGACCAACGGCUGCCUCAAGUCGCCCAUCGCCAACGGGAGCUUCACCUUCGACGGCCACAUGCGCAGCGACGGCCAGGUGUACCACACGGUCCACAAAGACUCCGGCCUCUACAAAGACUUGCUCCACAAAAUCCACCUGGGCCGCAUGGACGACGGCGACCGGUCCGGCGCGCAGCAGCCCGACAACAACUACCGCCUGCUGCGCCGCAACAACAGCUACACCUGCUACACGGCGGCCAUAUGCGGCAUGCCCGUUCAGCCGGUCAGGCGCUCCGAAUCCCGCGACGACAGCGAGAAGCUCGUGGGCGAGGGCGGGGGCCGGAGCAACAGCGUGUCCUACUCCAAGAAGCGGAUACGCUACGACAGCUACUCGUCGUACUGCAACGCCGUGGCCGAGGCCGAGAUCGAAGCCGAGGAGGGAGGCGUGGAGCUGAAGCUGGCCACCGAGCUGGAGGGGGUGGAGGAAGAAGGAGCUCCGGGCCCGGUGCCUCUUGAAGACUUGGUCGAGGAAGAGCACGAGGAGAAGGACAAGUCGGAGGUGUUUCUGCUCUUCCACUUCCUGCAGAUCCUCACCGCCUGCUUUGGCUCGUUCGCCCACGGAGGCAACGACGUCAGUAACGCCAUUGGGCCCCUGGUGGCGCUGUGGAUGAUUUACGAGCAGGGAGGUGUCAUGCAAGACGCGGCCACUCCGAUCUGGCUGCUCUUAUACGGCGGCGUGGGCAUCUGUGUUGGCCUGUGGGUGUGGGGACGGCGCGUCAUCCAGACCAUGGGGAAGGACCUGACUCCCAUCACCCCUUCAAGCGGAUUUUGCAUUGAAGUAAUGAGUGCGCUAACAGUGCUUGUUGCAUCCAAUGUGGGCAUCCCAAUAAGCUCCACCCACUGCAAGGUGGGCUCGGUCGUAGCCGUGGGCUGGAUCCGCUCCCAGAGGGCCGUGGACUGGCACCUCUUCAGGAACAUCUUCCUGGCCUGGUUCGUCACGGUGCCGGUGGCCGGCCUGUUCAGCGCCGCCGUCAUGGCCCUGUUCGUCUACGGCAUCCUGCCCUACGUCUGAGGGAGACGUGGCCGGGUGGGCGAGCGGUGGAGAAAGGAAGAGGGGAGUCGGAGAGAGAGGGGGGGAAUACUUGGAAAGAAAUCGUAGCUUGGGUCUUUUAUAAUAGAAGGCGAGCAGGACCGGGAGCGAGGAAAGUGAAGGAUAGGAGUAGGAGGAAGCUGCAGAGGUUUACAAAUGGACUUUGGUUGUACUGUGGAGGAUGUGAGAAGGGUUGGUUCCCACGCCGCCUGGCUCUGUUGUCCAGAAAUCCUCUCAACUCAUUUGAGUUUCAAUCAGUUCAUAUUUAUUCUCUUCUCCAGGGGGGGGCGGGAUGUACAAUUGAGUCUGCUGUACAUACAAUAGGAAACUUACCUUUAAUUAAAAAAAAAAAUCAAGAAUUAAAAAAAAAAACAUACCAGUGAGCACAUAUCUAAUAUCUGAGCAAAGAAAACAGGAAAAAAAAAAAAACAUGUACAUACUGUCGUUCUGAUCGAGUCUGAUCUGUUGUAGUUCGGCUUGCUUUGGCACAAAAAAAAAAACAAGAAAAGACGUGCGUGUGGUUAACCAACCCAUCCAUCAUGUCUGUUUUAAACAUGCCAGCCAGGUACAACCGGGGCCAAAAGGAAAGGACGCCUCAGAAAAAAAAAAGAGGGCCAUGCAACUUUGUUUUCUUUUUGGGUUUUUUUUUUUUUUUUGUUCCACAUGAUACCAUAGCAACCUAAUUUACAAAAGAGUUUGAUUUUCUUUUUUUUUUGGUGGAGAGCUCCUGUAUGUUUUUAGAGAUAAAUCUCAUAUUUUUUAAAUGAUGUAUUAUAAUGUAAUUUGUACUGUAAAUACUGUCCUUUUACGAAGUUUGGCAGCGGGAUCCUGGUUUGUUUUUAUUGUUCUAGAGAGGGAGGGGGGAGGCUCUUCAUCUCAUUAUCAUCAUCAUCAUAAAGUAUGCCUCAUGCUUGUGGGUCAGAGAGAGGGGGAAAAAUAAAUAAUUUCUGCGGUUUGAUUGGGAAAACAGCUCAGUUUGAGGAAACGAACCACGGUGAACAUGGGUUGGUCCAUGCCAAAGUCAGCAUGCCUCUCUAGAGCCGAAAAAUGCCAAAACACUCGAAUCGGGCUGAGCUGAGGCGUAGGAGCGCAAACUGAUGAGGCCCCUUAAACAUAUCUUUAUCCUUAUGCCUUUAUUUUCAUACAGCUGAGUCACUGUCGUAUCAAAACCCGGCGUUCAUACGAUAAAACUGUGUCACAUCGAACACUAAAACAUGAAAAAAAAAACAGUGUGGAGGAAGAGGACUCGCCUCCAGCAAAACGCAGCACAGUUCCUCCCAGCGUGUUGGAAGUGCAGAGGCCUCUUCGGCGCGCCAGGUGCUAAAGGUUUUAGUUUGGUUCCAUACGGUCAGAGUGAAGGCCCGCCUAAAGCCUGGUGCAGGGUUUCAGGCCGCUCAUAACACUAAAUAUCACAAGACAUGCGUCUUAAAGAGAUGCUCCAGGACUACUGAAGUGAGGCUGUGAUGAUUUCUAGCCGGCAGGAGAUGACGCUCUGGUUCCUAAUUUUCCGUACCGCUGCAUUCGACUGGCCUCUGAAGUCACUGUUUGGAUCUGGAAGUUACAGCAAGUCAGAAGAAAAAAAAAACAACCCUGUAGGAUUCGCCCGUCGUUUCAAUGGUGACUAGUAGCAAUAAAAGCCGUUUAAACAGUGAAGGCACAUUUUCACAAAUGGUGGUUGUACAGUGCUGUGUGCCACUGGUUUAUAAGAGGCGAACUGUCAGAAGCGCUGAACAGUUUUACUCUGGCACAGGUCACAUUUCGUAUGCCUGGCAGCCAUAUUGGAGAUUAGACUUGGGGAUGUUUGGAUACCUCUAAACUUUAGUGUUGCUUUAAGGCGGACUGAGAAAUUGGCAAAUCCAAUUUUAAAUUUAAACUCUAAACUUCAUUUUAUAUAAAUCCAGAUUAGCUGCUAUAGAAGGUUUCCUUGGAAGUUCGUACCCAUAUUUGGUGCCAACACUUUGAAUUUUGUCCCUACUUCCAUUGAACCCAUGCACCCUUGGGAGGUUUUAAUGCUUUGAUGAAUUCUUUUAACGGAUCAACAAAAAAAAAAAGGCUUAACUCUCAGUUUGAUUUAAUUGUAUGUAUUCUAGGCAAUCAUACACUUUAUUUUCACUCAAUCUCUGCGCAUCCUGUCAUUUUAAACAUACUGAAAGUAGCCAAUAACUUUGUCUACUUCCCUCAGUAACAACUUCAACACCCUAAAGAGUGUUUCUGUUGGCACAACCUGGGAGUGCUUAGUACGGCGCGUCCGCUGAUGGGAGAAAGAUCCGGUUUCCAAGCAGGCCAGGCAGGAAUAUAGCUGAAAAUCCACCUCUCCCUGUAUCAGCUCUCCCAGUACAUCUCUACUAGUUAGCCAUCAAGUCCAAACAUGACGGCAGUUCACGUUUAUUUAGAUAAUUGCGUUUGCCAAAAUCUCAUUUGAGGUUUUAAGAUGGUAGGAGUCAGGUUUAAAUUGGGUUUUAGUCAAACGGGCAGUAAGCUUCAGCCUCUGGAUCGACUUGUUUGCGUUUAUCUUAAAUGAAGAUGCCAAGAGACUCAUCUACUGCAGGUAAGAUACUAGCUGCUAGCAAUCUGUUAACAGAACCCCACUUCAGAAAGCCUGACCCAUCCCUUUGACCUCAUUCUGUUGGAAAGCGAACGCGAUUUAGAAAAAAAAAUAAAUAAAACUGAUCAUCACCAGCUUUUAAAACGAGGUCACUUCGGUGGCCCGCGGAUGAACAAAGUCUGAAGUUAUUUUUGUUUGAACAAACUCUAUGCCAGCUGUUGGAUGUUUUUUUUUUUGUUUUUUUGUGUGUGGUGUGUUUCUUGUUCUUAUUUUUUUUUAUUUUCUUCAUGAACAAAUCUAUGCUUAAGUAGCCACAUGCCUUGUAACGUGUUUUACUUUGAGCAGAGACGGUAAAAAUAAUUCUGUACUGUGGUGUUUACAUUGUAACCAUUAUUGUAGAGUAUCUGUUUAAAAAAAAAA